AUGGUGUGGUGGCUGCCGCAUGGCCAAGAUGGAGGUAAAGGGAAGAGGCGGGCGUCCAACAGGAAGCGGCUCUUUUAUAGGGAGGAGCUGCUGGGCCUGCAGCUCCCCCGUGUGGAAUCCUGGCCAAGAACACAGCGGACCUCAUCAUCUUCCGUGGCCCCGGGACAGGGAAACCUCCACCGUGCCGUCCCGGCGUGGCUUAGCACGGUGGUCGACAGACAUGGCCUCCAUCCACCUUACAUGGCACCUCAGCCGCCUAGACGGCCCCUGGACGAGGGCUCCUCCACCGUGCUGUCCCGGUGUGGCAUCGCACGGUGGGUGAUCAGGGUUCUUCCUCUGCCCGCAUGA